AUGUCAAAAUCUCAACACAAAACCACUGACCACACAAAUAGCUUGGAAAAAGCAAAAACCGCAAUAAACACUAUCAAGGAACGUCUCCAGCCGGUUGUUGACAAAGUGAAUGACCAUGACUUUGGUGUAUACUCUGCCCAAGCUCAUGCAACAGUCGCCUUGUCAAUAGGAAUGUUGAAGUACAUGGCGGCAAGGUUGCAGGGAAAAGAUCGAGGUCGCAAGGCAGAUGAUCCACUUCGAGCUGAACUGAAUAACAUGAAACGAAUCCUAGCUGAAGUAAAAAAGAAGACGACCGAGAAGGUCAAGAAAACAGACGAUUCGACGGCACAGAAAACAACAGAACAAACGAAACCUGAUUCAGAGUCUGAAAAGGGCAAAAGUACAGCUCCAUCAUCAAAUGUCGACUCGUCAAUAGCCGAGAAAAAGAAGGCCGAAGAAGUAAAGACGAAGAAGGACAAGAAGAGAAAGAGUUCAGACUUCAAUGAACGUGGUCGCAGCAAGAGCCCCAAGUCAAGGAAAAAGAGAUAA